CAACAGAAGAAAGGAAUCAUGCACAUACUUAAUUAAUUAAUUACGAAACAUAUACAUUCUCUAUUCAAUUUUGUCUCUAUAAACCAUUACAUUUCCCUCCACACCACACCACUCCACAAAUUUCUCUGUUCUCUCUAAACCCAAUUCCAUUUACAUUAUUAUAAUGGAUUUUAAGAAUAAUCUCAAUGCCUAUUCGCCCAAAUUCUUCUUCACACGAUAUUAUUAUCCCUCAUAUUGGAUCCUUAUUUUAACCCUCAUCUUUUUACAAAUUUACCUCAUCUUCAACACCACUUCUCCCUCUGCCCCACUCUCCCUCGCUGCUGCUAGCGACGGCCGCCAAUCCUCCAUCACCGUCGCCAGAGACCCAUGUAACUCCGGCAGAGUGUUCGUCUACGACCUCCCACCCUUUUUCAACAAAGACUUGUUGCAAAAUUGUGAGUCCUUAGACCCAUGGACCUCCCGCUGUGAUGAUGUGUCCAACGGAGGGUUCGGACGGCAAGCAACGGAGCUCAACGGUGUUGUUCCCGACGGUCUAACUCCGGCGUGGUUUUGGUCUGAACAGUACAUGUUGGAACCGAUUAUGCAUAAUCGUAUUCUUAACUAUAAGUGUAGAACAUUAGACCCGGAAUCAGCUACAGCCUUCUACAUACCGUUUUACGCUGGUCUCUCCAUCGGACGGUACUUAUGGCUGAAUUACACUACUUCUGAUCGCGAUAGGGACUCAGAGAAAUUAAUCGAGUGGGUCCAGAAUGAGCCGUAUUGGAAUAGAUCCAACGGCGGAGAUCAUUUCAUCACAUUAGGACGGCUGACAUGGGACUUUAAACGAUGGGGGAACAACCAAUGGGGGUCCAGCUUUGCAUUCAUGCUAGGGAUGAAAAACGUAGCGAGGUUAGUCGUCGAGAGAGAACCGUCCGAUCCAUUAGACAUCGGGGUACCUUUCCCCACAGGAUUCCACCCUAGAUCCGACGCUGACGUGUUAAAUUGGCAAAGCUUCGUUCGUGAACGUAACCGAACAAACCUCUUCUGCUUCGCUGGCGGUACACGUCAUGAAAUAGAAAACGACUUUAGAGCUUUUUUACUGAGUUACUGCGCCAACGACUCGGGCGGUUCGUGCCGAGCCGUGGAGUGCAAUGGGAACCGGUGCGCGAGUGGUGACUCGGUGGUUAUGGAAACGUUUUUGGACUCAGAUUUCUGUUUACAGCCGAAAGGCGAUUCGUAUUCGAGAAAAUCGGUGUUUGAUUGUAUGUUGGCCGGUUCAAUUCCGGUUAUCUUUUGGGAGAGAACCGCAUACGGGCAGUAUGAAUGGUUCUUGCCGGGUGAACCGGGGAGUUAUUCUGUUUUUAUAGAUAACAAGGAGGUGAGGAAUGGAUCGGCGUCCAUUAAAGGAGUGUUGGAGAAAUUUAGCGGAGAGAGAGUGAAGAUGAUGCGAGAGAAAGUCAUCGAGACUAUACCAAAAAUUGUUUAUGCGAGUGCUCUUGAAGGAUUGGAAAGUAUUGAGGAUGCUUUUGAUAUUGCAAUUCAUGGCAUCUUUGAAAGAUUUAAUCGGCGGCAUAAUAGUGCGAGUAAAAAUGGGAGUUGAAUUGAAUUUGAUUUCUCCGUUUUUUUUUUUUUUUUUUUUGUGUACUUUAUGAUGGAAUAUAUUUGAAUUUGUCUUAAUUUGAUGUUCAUCUAUGCGAGAGUACUCCUUCUAGCUGCUAUCACUAAGUAAAAUGAAAGAUCAUCCAAGCAUGGUGAGAGUUUAUUAGGGUUUGUCGUUGGAAUUACUUAUUGACCUUCUUGAGACUAUCACUGUUAUAAAGUCUUUCCUUCGACGUUCA